AUGAAGCUGUGGGGGCGGUCAAUGGUGCCAUUGCAAGUUGUACUCUUGGUCACCUUGGUAAUGUGGUCGUUCCAGUCAGUUUUUGCGAGUACACGGAGUCUACGGGGACAUACAGCUUCAUACCAAGUGAAGCAGGGAACCUGUGAGGUGGUGGCCAUCCACCGCUGCUGCAAUAAGAACAAGAUUGAGGAACGUUCACAGACCGUCAAGUGCUCCUGUUUUCCUGGCCAGGUCGCCGGGACAACACAUGCCCAGCCUUCUUGUGUGGAGGCUUCCAUUGUGCUACAGAAGUGGUGGUGCCAAAUGGACCCGUGUUUGGAUGGCGAGGAGUGUAAAGUUCUUCCAGAUCUCACUGGCUGGUCCUGCAGCACCGGCAACAAAGUCAAAACUACCAAGGUCACACGAUAGCAAGAAUAUGGCUGCAGACUCCUCACCAACACACUAAAGGAACAGGAGACUUGUUUAAGAUACUAACA